ACUACAUAUGUCUUAUCUUGGUCUUCUCAAAGUAAAUUUUUGGACCAGUGGUAGUAGGUGGUGUUUACAUUUGAGAAGUGUAUGCUUUUCAUAGUUUGUAAUAUAUACAGAUUAAUAUAAUUAUUAUUAAAUUUACAAAAUGUAAUUGUUAGUUACAGACAGUUAAACAAAAUUAAGAUAAAAUGAAUUUAAUUACUGCAUUAAAAUUUUAUAUUACUCGUAUGACAGAAGAAAGUGGACCUGGCAUGAAAGUUCUUUUGAUGGAUAAACAAACGACAAGUAUCGUGAGUUUACUAUAUAGUCAAUCGGAAAUAUUUCUUAAAGAAGUUUAUUUAUUCGAAAGGAUUGACACAAAUGUUCGUAACGAAGGAUUAAAGCAUUUGAAAUGUAUAGUUUUCAUAAGACCAACCAAAGAAAAUAUUGAAUACCUCUGCAACGAAUUAAGGUGCCCCAAAUAUGGCACAUACUAUAUUUAUUUCAGUAAUAUUAUCGCAAAGGCUGAUAUCAAACUUCUAGCUGAAAGUGAUGAACAAGAAGUAGUAAGAGAAGUUCAUGAAUAUUAUGCAGAUUAUUUAGCUAUCAGUCCGCAUUUGUUUUCACUUGGGAUUAAUACAUGCUCGCAAGGCUUGUUAUGGAAUCCAGUACAUCUACACAGAACCGUCCUAGGCUUAAUUUCAGUCUUAUUAUCAAUUAAAAGAUGUCCUUAUAUACGUUAUCAAAAUAGUUCUGAGAUGGCAAAGAGAUUAUCAGAAAAAAUACGCGAAGUAUUAAGUAAAGAAUCGAAUUCGUUCGAAUUUAGACAGGACUCUAGUCCGAUUUUACUAAUAGUUGAUCGAAGAGAUGAUCCUGUUACACCCUUAUUAAAUCAGUGGACUUAUCAAGCAAUGGUUCAUGAAUUAUUAACUAUUAACAACAAUCGUGUUAAUUUAUCACAUGUGAAGGGUAUCUCGAAGGAAUUAAAAGAAGUUGUUCUUAGUGCAGAACAUGAUGAAUUUUAUGCAAGUAACUUAUAUCUUAACUUUGGCGAAAUUGGGCAAACAAUAAAAGAAUUGAUGGAUGAAUUUCAAAAGAAAGCUAAAAAACAUCAGAAAGUAGAAAGUAUAGCCGAUAUGAAAAAUUUCGUAGAAACUUAUCCGUUAUUUAAAAAGUUAUCUGGUACGGUAUCAAAGCAUGUGACAGUAGUUGGCGAACUAUCUUCUCUUGUGGAAAAACAUCAUUUACUGCAAGUAUCGGAAUUAGAACAGGAACUUAGUUGUCAAAAUGAUCAUUCUAUGCAGCUACAAAAAAUAAGGGAGCUGAUUAAUAAUCAACAAAUACGAGAAAUCGAUGCUGUGAGAUUGGUCAUGCUUUAUGCGCUUCAUUAUGAGAAAUAUGCAAGUAAUGAUAUCAAUGGUUUAUUGAACUUAUUGAAAAACAGAGGUGUUUCAGAAAAAUUUUUGAAGCUAAUAUACAACAUAUUAGAAUAUAGCGGAAUUAAUGCAAGGCAAAAUAACUUAUUUGAUCGAGAAGCAGUAGCCAAGAUUACUAAAAAGUUAUUCAAAGGUUUAAGUGGGGUAGAUAAUAUUUAUACCCAACAUACGCCAUUACUGAAUGAAACACUUGAAGAUUUAAUAAAAGGAAAGUUAAGUUUGCAAACAUUUCCAUACCUUGGAAAUACAAUGAUGUCAAAAAGGCCACAAGAUAUCAUCGUUUUUAUGAUCGGAGGAACAACAUAUGAAGAAAGUUUAACAGUCCAUAAUUUAAAUAAACAAAAUCCUGGGAUAAAAAUUAUUUUAGGUGGCACUACUAUCCAUAAUUCUGCAAGUUUCUUAGAGGAGAUUCAACAAGCUACUUCAGGCAUUUUAUCGCGAUACAAAAACAAUAACAAUUGAAACAUUGUUUGUACAUAGUUUGGUUUUAAUUAUUUAUUUAUAUAAUUUGGGAUUAUUUAUAAUGGUUACAAUCAUAUUCCACUAAUAACAAUAUUAAAAACAAAUUGUAGUAUAAAAAAAAAUAGGAAAUUAUAUUAAUGUUAAGUAAAA